AAAGAAAAAAAAAAGAGCAGCAACUAGCAAACAUCUGAGUCUGAUUCUUCAUAAUUCAUAUCCUUCCACCCACUAGCACGACUGCACAACCCUAUAAAUAUUAUCACACCUAUUAAUAAACACACUCACUCACACAAAAAUCAAUUACAUUAUAAAACAACAUUGUUGAGAAUUUUGCAGAAAACAGUUGCAUAGCAACAACAACACAAGCACAAAAGAAAACAGAGAAGAGAAAAGAAGAAGGAAUAAUAAUAAUAAUAACAAAAAGAAAAAGUAACAAAAAAGAAGAGGUAUGGGUAGAGGGAAGGUGGAGCUGAAGAGGAUUGAGAACAAGAUAAACAGGCAAGUGACGUUUGCAAAGAGAAGAAACGGUUUGCUGAAGAAGGCUUAUGAGCUUUCUAUCCUCUGUGAUGCCGAAGUUGCUCUCAUUAUCUUCUCCAACCGUGGCAAGCUCUAUGAGUUCUGCAGCACUUCUAGCAUGGCGAAGACACUUGAACGGUACCAGAAAUGCAGUUAUGGAGCCUUGGAAGUAAAUCACCAACCUGCUGUGGAGACACAGAGGCGCUAUCAAGAGUAUCUCAAGCUGAAAUCAAAAGUUGAGGCACUACAGAAGACUCAAAGAAAUCUCCUUGGGGAAGAAUUGGAUAACUUAGAUGUUAACGAGCUUGAACGGCUUGAGCGUCAGCUGGACUCUUCAUUGAAGCAAAUUAGGUCUAACAAGACACAACUUUUGCUCGACCAACUCUCGGAUUUGCAAAGAAAGGAAGAGAUGCUGUUGGAAACAAAUAAUGUCCUCCGGAGCAAGUUGGAGGAAAUUAAUAUGGCGAUUCAACCAACAUGGGAAGCUAGGGAGCAAAAUGCUCCCUACAGCCGACACCCUCAGCAAUCAGAGGGAUACUAUGAGACAACACAAUGCAAUAGCACAUUACAAAUUGGAUACGGUUCUUCGGUGACAAAUGAUGCAGUAGGUGGUGCAGGAACAUCAACCCAAAAUGCUAGUGAAUUCUUGCAUGGAUGGAUGGAAGUAUAAUAGAUCAAAUGACCUAAUUUGAUUCAUGAUACUAAGGAGCAAAAAGUGACAUUGUUAGACAUUUUAUGGCCUAGAACAAUAGGCUUUAAUAACAGGUCUUCUCAUGAAACAUAAAACUUACAAUUACAUUUUAUAUGUUUAUAUUCCAAUAAGGGAUGUAUGUUUCCUUGUGGAAUUUGAUAAAACCUUCCCAAAUUUCACCCAUCAUACAUAAUAAUCAUGUGGAUUAUUUAAUCCUCAUGAUGGGUUUGUUGAUGGUUAAAUAUAUGUUUGUAUGUUUAAGUUGUAAAGUAGACAAGUG